AUGCCCUACCAAGCGAUAGUCAUACCCAGGCCGAUGUCUUUGGACAACAACACUUUGACAGACAACGUCACAAUCCAGAUACCUUUCGCUGCGACAGAGAUCAUGGACCAAGACGGCGACAAAUUGCACGAGUUGGGUCGAACACUGCUGGAUCAUUUGCUUCCGUUUGCCUGCACUACGUCGAUGUUAACCUGGAUUGCCCUACGAGUGCUUCCGCGAGUAGAAACACGCUAUGGACCCCAUGCCGAAAUGCAGUUACAAUCAUCCUUAACUAGCAUACUCAUGACAGCGUUCAGACAGUACUUCGUUGGGGAACGUUCGAUUCUUAGUAACCGACUAUCUAUCGUCCUUGCAGAGACUGUAGGGGAAUUCUUCACUUCAGAACUUCUCGGUGGACAAGACCUUUUCCUUGCUCUGGACACGCUUCUCACAUCGUCCGCACAUAACCGUAUCGCGGCUACGGUCGCUCUUCUUGGUCGAUGUGACGAUACAUUGUUCCGUCCAACUCAUCAUGCACUUUUCCAAGCAUUCUGCAUAAAGCUGACACAACAUCAGGCUAACGGAGUAUACAUUCAUGGUGAAAACAUGACGAACGGACAGGCGAUUAUCAUGGUACGUUGUUCUGUGGUAGCCGAAGCUCGACUGGCACAGUGGGCUUUCCGACAAUCGCUGAAUGUGGGAAUGAUAAAAGCCCAAUUUUCCAAGUCGGUUAGUUAA